AUGGGUGAUGAGCUUAUGCAAGAAAUAAUCCACGGCGACUAUCUGAUAGUCUACGUCCAGAGCAUUGGUGGCCGCCGCCCACCUAACGAGAUCCACCCGACGUCAGAGAGGAUGGUGAGAAUUUUGCCUGUCGGGGGGAACGGCGGGGCCAGUGCUUCCGGUCCCCAAAGCUUCAUCAGAUUCAACAAUCAUUUCCGCAAUAUCCGUGACCUUGUCUUCUACCCAACUAGGAAGAACGAGAGGGUCACUCUCGACAACUUGAAGGGUCCAAGCCCACAAAUUGCAUCUCCGGAGGACGCCAAUAAGAGUCCCAUGGCUGCCGAAGCUGGGGUUCGCAUGGCAACAGGUGAUAGAUCCUGUACGAUAUUCAACGAUUUUGAUGUAGAUCCAUUGCCUUUAGCGCAUGAUGACCGCAUGGAGCAUCUAUUUGCACAUACCGAUAACAUACGCCAGAGGGGCUCCGUAAUUUCCUUCGGUAUGGUAGUCAAUGAUGAUAAAAAAACCGGCUAUGAAUUUUGCCAACUUGAAUUCGCAGCUGCCGAAGGAGACAGGAUUCUCAUCGUGGCCAUCAAAAUCCCAGACGAAAAGAAGAAAUUUUCCAGUCUGAAACUCAAGAAACAGAUACUGAAUGUAGAUUUGGAAGAGCUUGUCAUCCAAAACUUCAUUGGAGUUGACAAAGGCUUCUUCGCCAUAAAGGAAUAUGGGAAGCAAGAUGGCGAUGAGACUAGUGCCCCUCUGGGCCCAAAGAGCCAUGAGUUUUAUAACCUCGACCUUGAGAAGUCCAUGGAAAAGGACCUGUUCGAGAACUAUUCGCACGAGGUUGGAAGAGUGUGCCUUGAGGCGAAUCAAUUCAACGCUGGCCUGUUUGAGGAGUGGCGCGAGAUGAUCCCAUCCCAGACCAUGGACGAACACCUGAAGAAUAUUUAUGAGCUGUACACUCAGGAGGCUCUGUCGAUUGUCGAGCAGUUGAAAACGCCUCCUAUGGACGGUAGCGACGGCGGCCACCAGGAUCUUACGGCCUUGACCGGCGGGAAUGACCAGUUGAGACGUAAGCUGCACAUCGUUCGAGAUGCACAGACGUAUGUGAUGUCGAGGCGUAAAGAUCUGGAGUUUGAGCGCGUCCAGGAGUACAACUUUGGGAAGAAGAUUGGACCAGGUUUGCCGAGGCCUAGGCGCACCACAACAGUCAUACGCAGGCCGACAGGCGGCUACAUGGCGCCUCGCCCUCACAUCCCAGAUCUGAGCUAUAGCAGCGGCAGUACGACGCCCCGUGCUCGAACCCCAACUCAGGGCCACAUCCGCGGCAAUAUGACCAACGUGACGCCCCGUCCUCGCGCCCCACCUCUGAGCUACAGCAGCAGCCACAUGGGCGGCGAUACGACCAACGUGAGGCCCCGUCCUCGCACUCCACCUCUGAGCUACAGCAGCGGCAAUAUGACCAACACGACGCCCCGUCCUCACACCCCAUCUCUGAGCUACAGCAGCGGCAGUACGACGCCGACCAAUUCUCCUGUUAGGAGAGCACAGAUGGUGAAACUGGACAAGGGGAAGGGGAAAGAAGUGCUUGCUACCGGCAAUGAGACGCUGAAGGAGAUUUUGGAGAGACUCAUGAAAAAUCCUAGCUUCAUCCGGAUGAAGGAUAAACCAAAAGGCAAAUAUACUGCGGGUGAACUGGUCCGCCUGCGCCGCCAAGCCGAAGAGAAUAUGUGGAAUAUUAAGAUCCCUUCUUUGGGAAGAAGUCUGGUUUCGGAUUCUGGUCGUGGUGGGAUGCUUCAUCUUACUGUUGACCGUUCCCAUUCUUUGGGAAGAAGUCUAGUUCCGGAUUCCGGCGGUAGUGGGCUGCUUCAUCUGACUGUUGACCGCUCCCAUUCUUUGGGAAGAAGUCUGGUUCCGGAUUCUCGUGGUGGUGGGCUACUUCAUCCCACUGUUGGCCAUCCCUUGGGAAGAAAUCGAGUUUCAGACUCUGGUGGUGGUGGGAUACUUCAGCCUACUGUUGACGACCAUCGUGGGCGAAGAAAUCGAGUUUCAGACUCUGGUGGUGGUGGACUACUUAGUCCUACUGUUGGCCAUCCCUUGAGAAGAAAUCGAGUUUCAGACUAUAGUAGUAGUGGGAUAAUUCAUCCUACUGUUGACGACCGUCCUUGGAGAAGAAAUCGAGUUUCGGACUCUGGUGGUGGUGGGCUACUUCGUCCUUCUGUUGGCCACUCUGUGGGAAGAAAUCUCGUCUCUGACUCUGGUGGUGGUGGGCUAGUCCGUCCUAAUGCUGGUGCUGGUAGAAAUGCUGGUGCCGAAGAAGGUGCUAAAGCAGGUGCCAGAGCUAAUACCAGUGCUCGACCAGGUUCCAGAGUUCAUCUUACUGUCGAAUAUGAUGCUGACACCCAAACUGGUGCUAAUUCCAGAGCUGAUGCUGGUGGCGAUGCUCGUACCAAUACCGUUGCUGGUAGCAAUGCCGCUGCUAAUGCUGAUGCUGGUGGCAAAGGUGCCCAAGCAGGUGCCAGAUUUAAUAUCGGUCCCCAAACAGGUUCCAAAGCUCAUGUUGCUGUCAAAUAUGAUGCUGAUACCCAGACUGGUGCCGAUACCAGAGUUGAUGCUGGUGGCGAUGCUCGUGCCAACACUGUUGCUGGUAGCAGUGUCGCUGCUAAUACCCUUGCUACCAUGGAUACUGGUGCUACCGUGGGUGCUAAUACUGGCACUGCUUUGAAUACCGACAAUGAUGAAGAUUGGGAGUCGAGCGAUGACGAUGAAGAAGGAGGUGUAAGCUUGACGCCCGAGCCAGUCAACACCAAGCAGGAGCUGCCGCCCCUAGCCACUCUGUCCAAGCCGCGUACUCUGGAUGGCCAAAGCGAUUCGGUGUCCUCUCGUUCAACCCAAGAGAGCAUGGCAAGGAAGCGUAGUCAGAGACCUCUUUCAUCCGAUGAAGAUUCACCAGUGAAGCGUAGCCAGAAUGGUGGUGGCGGUGUGUCAAUCAGAAGCGUCAGCACCGAGGACAACUCAUCUUCCAAUGAUGACCGUAAAAUCGAAUCCGGAGGAGGAACACCAGACAAGGCUCCAAGCCCAAAGAAGCGCAAACUGUCUGAUGAUAACCAUGCUGCUCCGGGGGGUGGUAGAUCGGACAUUACGAAACUGACGUAGUUGAUAUGUUGCUGUUGUGGAUGGAAAGUCUUCGAUUUCAGGCUAUAGGUGGUUGCAUAUUUGUGGGGUAGUGUUGUUUGUUUGUCGUUUUUCAUGGUGGAGCUUACUGGUCUUUCUUUAUUUGUGCUUUCUUAGACAGCAGAUCCUCGAAAGGGGGUUGUGUUGUCUGGCACCGGCAAACAGUUUGCGGGCUUUUUUAUAUGCGAU